GCAGCAGGGCUGGCCACCACAUCCUGGGUCAGCCUUCAGUCCUGCCCUUUUCCCUUAUGCCCAGGUGAGCUGAGACAGAGCUGAAGAUUCACCAUGGACUCCACAGUCACUUUGUUGUUCUCCAUUGGACUAUGUCUGCACUUGGAGGUUGUGGCACAAAUGGAAACCCUCCCAAGACCUACUUUCUGGGCUCUCCCAAGUCCCGUGGUCCCCAAAGGAGCAAAUGUGACCCUCCGGUGCCAGGGCCAACUGGGGAGUGACAGAUUCCAGCUCUGGAAGGAUGGAGAGCUCAGAGAGGAGAGAAAUGACUCAUGGUCACAGACAGACUUUGUGCUCAGGAAAAUAGAUGACUGGAGAGAUGCCAGAAGCUACAGAUGCCGCUCUGGGCAGGGUUCCUUUUGGUCAGAGCUCAGUGACCCCUUGGCCCUGGUGGUGACAGGAGUCUUCCCCAAACCCAUCAUUGAAGCCUCUGCUGACUCCUUAAUAUCUGCAGGGAAAACAGUGAUCAUCUGGUGCCAAAUGCCCCAACAGUCCUCCACUCAGGACUACAGCUUUGCCCUGCUGGAUGCAAAGAGCCUGGAGCCCUUACUGCUACAGAUCCCUGCAGAGUCCAGGACCAAAUUUUCACUUCCAUCUGUGAGGGCCAAGGACACUGGGAGCUACAGCUGUAUUUACUACAAGAAGACACCACCACACAGAGCAUCCUAUCUUAGCUCAGCCGUGGAGCUGACUGUUCUUGGACAACUACCCAGACCCACUCUGUGGGCCCAGCCUGGCCUUGUGGUGGCCCCAGGGACCAACAUCACUCUCUGGUGUUCGAGGCCCAGGAUGGCUUCUCCUAAAGAGGUGACUUUCACUCUGUGGAAGAUUGGAUCCCAGGAGCCCUUACAGAAGCAGAGCUCAGAAACUCUCUGGACUGACUUCUCCCUCCCAUCUGUGAGACCUGAGGACACUGGGAGCUACAGAUGUACUUACAAGGAUAAGACAGCCUCUGGUAGAGAACCAGAGUCCAGUGAGGCCCUGGAGCUGGUGGUGACAGGAUCUCUGCCCAAGCCUUCCCUCUCAGCACUCCCAGGCCUGUUGGUGGAGCCUGGGCAGCAUGUGACUCUCCAGUGCCGGAGGCUCCCUCAGUCAGCACUAUGGAGAGUAACAUUCACUCUUCUGAAGGUGGGCAGCCCUCAGCCCCUGCAGAGCCAGAACACAUCUGGCACCUCAGCUGUCUUCCCCCUCCUCUCUGUGAGGGCCCAGGAUUCUGGCAACUACACCUGUGUCUACUCUGAAAGAAUAGCUCCGUACCAGGUGUCAGAGCCCAGUGAUAUCCUACAGAUCUGGGUGACAGAUGCACUCCCCAAGCCUUCCCUCUCAGCCUGGCCUGGUCUAGAGGUAGCCUCGGGGACCAAUGUGACCCUCUUUUGCUGGGUAUCCUCAUGGAUACCUAGGUUUGCUCUGUAUAAGGAGGGAGUUGAAGGAAUCCUGCACAGCAUGGAAGCCCAUGAAGACCAGGGCAGGUUCUUCUUGACUCAUGUAACCUCCAAGGACUCUGGCAAUUACAGCUGCAGGUAUCAGCUGGGCACCAAUGAAAGUCUCUGGAAGCAGUCUAGUGAUGCCCUGGAGCUUCUAGUAAGAGAUUCCAAGCCAAGUAAGAACCUCAUCAUCAUCCUCAGCUGUGCUUCCUUUCUCUUCCUCCUCCUCCUCUGCCUUUUCUUGCUUGCACUACUGGGACCUUUGCAGGGAUACAUCCCAAGAAGCUGUUUUUGUUGCUCUUGUCUUCCUUGGAAUACCUGCAAGACCCAUCAUGCUGAGGCACCCAGAGAGGAAAGGCCAUAUGAAGAAGAGACCAGAGAAACAAGGGGACCAUUGGUUCCUGUGGCCGACGAUCCACAGGGAGUGACUUACACUGAGCUGAACAUAAGAACCUUGAAUAAGAGGAAAACUGAAACUAAGAAGACACCAACAGAAGCCACUCUCUAUGCCAACAUAAACUGAAGGUUUAGGCCCUUUUCGCAAAGGAAUUCUCUUCUGUCUCUUCUCCUCUCCCUCACCCUUCUUUCAUCUGUCAGGUACUCCUGACUUCAGUCUGGUGCUCUAUCACUGUACCACCUAGCUGCCCAGGAAUAAAAUAUUUUGAAAAGCAAAGCAGAUAAGAUUAAAACCAAGAAUCACCAAACUCACAAAACUGAUUAUAAUCCCUGAGUGGAGCAUGAAUAUUCUGUGAAACAGAGGAUUUCCAAAUAUUCUUGAGGAAAAAAAAAGAGCUGAUUAGAAAAUUUGGCUUUCAGAUACAUUAUAAGAAAUGUAAAAAAAAAAAAAGUCACCAGGAAAACCAAAUCAAGAGGGAUGUCACAAGAUUAAACUGUUUAUGUUCCUAUAUGGAAGAUGAUACUUAUAACUCAUAAGAACUUUCUCAAAUUAGGGCAGUUUUGCGUAUAUACAUAUAUACCAAAAUUAUUAACUGAAUAUGAAGAGAUGAUAUCUAAAGAAAUAAAAUUAAGGACUGAGAAAGGAAUAUGGUGGGAGAAAGAAAAACAGUAGAAUAAAGGAAAUUAUCUUAAGUAAAAGUGACAAGAAAAAGCUUUUACAGUGGAGGAGAAAAGUGGGAAAGUAAGAAGGAGUGACUGAACUUUAUUCUCUUUAGAACUGGUUCAAAAUGGGAAUAAUACACACACUCAAUUGGAUAUAGAAAUCUAUCAUGUCCACAGGAAAUGGAAGAAGGGAAUAAGAGAAGAAGGGGAAGUGAUGGAAAGGAAGGCAGACUGGGGAAGAGUCAGUCAGACAGAAAACAAUUUUGUGGAGGCAUAGGGGGAAAGGAGAAAAAGAAUAGAAUAAACAGGAGAUAUAGAUUACAGAAAAAUACUGUUUGCAAAUAUAAUUGUAAAACCAUUUCAAAGCAAUUUUCUCUGAUAAAGGUUUCAUAUCUCAAACAUAUAGAGAACUGCAUCAAAUUUAUAAAAAUAAGAGCAAUUCCUCAAUUACUAACUAAUCAAAAAUAUGGAUAGAUCAAAUGACAUAAUCAAAGCUAACUAAUCAUGUGAAAAAUUGUUCUAUCUCACUAUUGAAUGGAGAAAUGAAAAUUAAAACAAUUCUGAGGAAUUCCCCCUUAUCUAUGAUAUUGACUGAUAGGACAGAAAAGGAAAAAGACAAGUGGUAGAGGCCAUGUGGGGAAAGUGAGAUAUUAAUGCCUUGUUGGCAGAGCUGUGAAUUGAUUCAACCAUUAUAUCGAGUGAUUUGGAACUUCUUCCAAAGGGCUACAAAGCCAUGCAUACCAUUUGAGCUGGCAAUUACACUCCCAGGUCUGUAUCUAAAAGAGAAAACAAAAACAAAAGAACUUUUUAUAUCAGAUCUUUUCUGGGAGCAAAGAAUUAGAAAUUGAGGGGAUAGCCAUUAACUAUGGAAUGGCUGAACAAAUUCAAAUAUAUAAUUUUGAUGGAAUACUAUUGUACUAUUAGAAAAUGGUAAGUAGGAUGCUGCCAGAAAAACCUGGAAGGACUUCUAUGAACUGAUGCAACAUGAAAUGUACUGUGUACAAAGUAACAGCAAUAAGAUGAACAAAAGUGCAGGACAACUAUUCUCAACAAUAGAGAGAUACAAGACAACUCUGAAGGAUUUAUUUUUUAAACUUGCUAUCCAUCCGCAGAAAAGACCUGGUGCUCUCGGAAUAGAAAAUAGAGAAAUUAUUUUUCCUUA